AUGGUAGCAAAUACCGGCGAACCCGGCGAGCAUACUUUCUACCUCUACGUUCGAGAGAAGGACACACGAGCAGAGCUAUGGGAGGGAGCAAGGUCAGGGACACAGGCAGCCAUGGAUGUAUUCAAUGCUGACGAGUCUGGCGACAUCGACCAUCUAAAAGACUACCUACCGGAAAUCCUAUCUGGUGCAUCAGAGAUAUACACUGACAUCAGCGCUGGACGAGGCCGCUCAGCUUUUUCCCGCUUCAUAUCCAGCUUCUCUGACUCCACGAGUUCAGCUAGUGAUGCAAGAGAAGAAGCCAUGGAAAAGAUCAGGCCGUUGUCUCCGAUAAUUAACGAACUCCGCGUAUUCAAGAGUGACGCUGAGAUCGCGAAUAUGAGACAUGCAGGACGUGUGACUGGUCGAGCAUUUACCGAAUCUAUGCGCCAUGGUUUUGGCACUGAGAGUGAACUUGAUGCCUUUUUGGAGUACCAGUUUCGUCGUCAGGGCGGUGAUGGGACGGCAUUCGUGCCUGUUGUUGCCGGUGGAUCGAAUGCGUUGAGUAUACAUUAUGUUCGGAAUGAUAAUGUGUUACGAGAUGGGGAGUUAGUUCUGGUUGAUGGUGGUGCGCAAUACGCAGGAUACAUCUCAGACGUGACGAGAGUAUGGCCGGUAAACGGCAAGUUUACUCCUGCGCAAAAAGAACUAUACACCGCCGUCUUAAAUGUACAGCGGUCAUGCAUAUCUCUGUGCCGCGAGUCAGCCGGCCUAUCACUCGACAAGAUCCACGAUAUAGCUGAGCGAAGUCUUCGAGAACAACUAGACUCUAUUGGUUUCAAUACCUCUGGCAGUGUAUGGACAUUCUUUCCCGCUCAGUACAUGAUCGACUACUAA